GUCGCCCUUUGUUUUUGACGCCCCGAUGGACCCUGCUUCGGAAGGACUUUUUGGACUCCAGAGGACGCUUUCUUGAGUCACAGCCCACCUUGGGGCAUGUGGCUACGGGGAAGCUCUGGCCGGUUGAAUCUGUUCAGGCCAAGCUGCGGAGAGCUGGUCUGGCGGCUUUGCAGAACCCUGCCCAGGCAGCGUACCGGGCAGCCCCAGCUGGGUCCUCCCGGGGCCUUCCUGCCUUUGAACAGUGGUGGCGGGCGGACACUCUGUCCCCGGCACGCUUGAGAGCGGGGCCCGCCAUCUCCAUGGCCACGGCUGCGAGCGGGCCCUGCGCCGGCGGGUCGCCGCGGGACAUCCUUUGGCGCGUUUUGGGUUGGAGGAUAGUUACCAGCAUUAUUUGGUCAGUGCUGCUUCUACCCGUCUGCAUCACAGCCUUUAUAGUCUUAAGCAGCAUCGAUUUAUUCCACCCUAUACAGUGGCUGUCAGAUUCUUGCAGUGACUUCUAUAGUUCCCAAGUAAUCUUUCACCUCCUGCUGCUGGCCGUGGUCGUUAUAAUAAUAAGUAUUUUCAAUGUGGAAUUCUAUACAGUCGUGCCCUCCAUACCCGGCUCCCGACUGGCCCUGAUAGCGCGGAUCCUUCAUCCCCAGCAGCUCACACACUCCUUCAUACACGCCGCGAUGGGAAUGGCUGUGGCUUGGUGUGCGGCCAUCAUGACCAAGGGCCAGUACAGCUCUCUCGUGGUUCCCUGCACUGGAACUGAGAGCUUAGAUAGCCGUGCUGCUCAGACCUGCGUGAAUGAAUAUCAUCUGUUUUUCCUACUGUCUGGAGCAUUCAUGGGCUAUAGCUAUAGUCUUCUGUAUUUCAUUAACAACAUGAAUUAUCUUCCGUUUCCUAUUAUACAGCAGUACAAAUUUUUGCGUUUCCGGAGAUCUUUCCUCUUACUAGUUAAACAUAGCUGUGUGGAAUCCCUGUUCAUGGUCAGAAAUUUCUGCAUUGUGUAUUAUUUUUUUGGCCAUAUUCCCAAAGCGUGGAUUAGCACUGCUCUGGACCUUCACACAGAUGAGCAAGCUCACAGACCUCUUGACACGAUAGGUGGCCUCCUGAACGUCUCAUUACUCUACCAUGUCUGGCUGUGUGGUGUCUUCCUCUUGAUGACUUGGUAUAUCUCAUGGAUGCUCUUCAAAAUCUAUGCCACCGAGGCGUAUGUGUUCCCUGUUCAGCCACCUUUUGCAGAAGAAUCAGAUGAAUGCCUUCCUAAAGUCCUAAACAGCAAUCCCCCACGCAUUGUAAAGUAUCUGGCCUUGCAGGAUCUGAUGCUGCUUUCUCAGUAUUCUCCUUCCCGGAGGCAAGAAGUUUUCAGCCUCAGCCAACCAGGUGGACAUCCCCACAAUUGGACUGCUAUUUCGAGGGAGUGUUUGAAUCUUUUAAAUGCUAUGACUCAGAAACUGGUUCUCUACCAAGAAGCUGCUGCUACAAAUGGGAGAAUGUGCUCAUCAUACUCAGUGGAACCCAAGACACUGAGCUCUGCAGAAGAAGCUGCUUUUCAGACUCCAAAACCUAGCCAGAUGCCUUCCGUGCCGCCAUUAGUUAAAACGUCACUGUUUUCUCCAAAAUUUUCUACACCCGAUGUUUCAAGUCCUUUUGGGACCCCGUUUGGCUCCAGUGUAGUGAACCGAAUGGCUGGAAUUUUUGAUGUAAACCCCUGCUGUGGGUCUCCCCAAAGUCCUCAGCUUAUAAGAAGAGGACCAAGGCUGUGGACUCACACUUCUGAUCAGCAAGUGUCUACAAUUUCUCGUCCAUCUCCUUGUACCUCCGUUACUGCUGAGGGUAAGACAGUGAGACAGCCCAGUGUGAUCUACUCAUGGAUUCAGAAUAAACGUGAACAGAUUAAGAAUUUCUUGUCAAAACGGGUGCUGAUAAUGUACUUUUUCAGUAAGCACCCAGAGGCCUCCAUUCAAGCUGUUUUUUCAGAUGCCCAAAUGCAUAUUUGGGCUUUAGAAGGUCUGUCUCACUUAGUAGCAGCAUCAUUUACAGAAGAUAGAUUUGGAGUUGUCCAGACCACACUCCCAGCUAUCCUUAAUACUUUGUUGACUCUGCAGGAGGCUGUCGACAAGUACUUCAAGCUGCCUCACGCUUCUAGUAAACCACCCCGAACUUCAGGAAGCCUUGUGGACACGUCCUACAAAACAUUAAGAUUUGCUUUCAGGGCCUCACUGAAAACUGCUAUCUACCGUGUAACCACCACGUUUGGUGAACAUCUGAACGCUGUGCAGGCAUCUGCAGAACAUCAGAAAAGACUUCAGCAGUUCUUGGAGUUCAAAGAAUAGUGAAGUAAUAUAAACUGUGUUCAUUACCCUGCUGAUACAACUACAGAUGGGACAGUAAAUGUUCAGCAUUCUUGGAUCAGAAGAAAAUGGACUAAUUAGAUGCUUCCUUUGUCGUGGUGCUUGCUUUGAAAACUAUACUUUAAUGGGAGAAAUCAUGGAAAGAAAUUCUCAGCAGAAUAACCGAAAACUGCCUUUUCUGUACCCAAUGCUUUUUGUGUGUGUAGUAUAAUAAAAUCUUUAUUCAGUUUUACAG